AUCAUUCUGAAGUGACCUAAAACAGAAAAGUUACAUUUGAUUUGACGUCAGACUAAUGGAAAAAAAAAGUAAUUUGCAAAUAUUUGUCCAUCCGGUUCUUGCUUUUACAAAUCACUGAAGCUGAUUGUUAUAAAAGAAACGCUUCAUUAAAAGCCCAACUUUAAUAUAGUAUUUAUGCAUAUAAAGAAUAAAUUAAAACUUGCUACUAUGUGUCACUAAUUUGCCAACAUCCAUAGAAAACUGACUUGGUGAUAUUUUUGAAUUUUGUUUUAAAGUCAAUAACCAAUUUAUGUGUAUGAUCAUGUAAGCUAUUUAUUUCCAUGUGGUCGUAAUCAUAUAAUUUAUAUUUGAUUAAUUCCUAAUUGAUUCUCAACUCAAAUAAAAUCAUAUUCUUUUCCAUCGGAAAAACAAUAUUUUUUUAGCCUUAUGAGGACAAAAAAAAUAGACAUUUGAAUUAUUUACAAAUGUCUUUAAAUCAACAUAAAUUCGGUGAAACACAUGAACAUAAGUCCACAGCCAGAGCCUUUACAUCAAAACAGAAUUACGUGUUUGAAAAAUGUGUAUCACUUUACCUCAACUUUACAAUCACUCACUACUUUGUUUUGGUUUAUCACACAAAAUUCUUAAGCAUUGGGAGAAAAAGAACUUUUUUUUAGUAGUUUUACUCUUUAUGCUGGUAUUAUCACAUAAAGUUUCUUACCCUGGCCUAAUAUAUUUACAUUACCUGAUGUAUGUUGCUUUCAUACGUUUUAUGUUCAAAAUGUUGAUUUGGAUUUAGAUUUGUUUUGUAAUUAUGUUCAAAUUUUUAUUUCAAUUUGUAAAAUACCUGAUUUUUCACGUAACUUUAUAUUUAGUCCAUUUGAUAACAUCAUUUUUAAAUAUUAAAUUUUAUGUCACGAUCAGUUACUAAGCCUUUCUAACCAGUGCUGUUUUGUUUUUACUCUCGUAUUCGUUGUGGACUUUAAUUGUCACACUAAAACGUUGGCGGCUUCUCUGGCGCACUGCAGCAUCCGGACCACUAGGAGGCGCUGUAGCCAUGAAAAAUGUCUCGUCAGGCGUCUACUUGUAGUUGCAGUUACUGGCCGCAUGGACCGGCCCCCCUGACUGCAGCAGGUGUGUUUUGAACUAAACACGGAGGAGAAGAAAGAACCCUCUGGAUGUCGUGUCGGCACCAAAAGCGGGAAAUGAAAAGUAAAAGAGUUUGAGGAAGGAAAAGGGAAAAACACCGGUUGCUCCAUGUGACAUCAUAUAAGAGACACUGCGCUGCUGGAGGACAACCAUGAGACGGAACACACAGAUCGACGUCAAGCGCGCCCUCGUUCUGACGGCCACCUUCAGGUUCCUCUGCUGCUGCUCUAAAGCCUGUCUGCUCCCCUUCCUCACCCUGUACUUCCGCCAACUGGGCCUGUCUCCAUCCAUGACUGGCAUCGUCAUGGCCACCAAGCACUCCAUAACCCUGGUAUGGAGUCCAGCAGCCGGACUCCUCUCCAAACGCUACAACAAGAGACGGGUGGUGAUAAACUGCUCGCUCGUGUUUUCUGCUGCGGCCGUUGUGAUGCUGCUGCUUCUCCCGUCUCUAGGGACGCCUGGCGCACAGAGCAGCACCUGUAACACCUCUGACCUGAGUUCUGGUUCAGGCCAAAGUCAGUUGAAUGUUACCCCUAGUACUAGGAGUCAGACGUUGUCAACACAUACAAAUUUAGUCAUUGCGACGUCGCCUAAUAGCUCUAUCAGUGAGUGGAAACUUGGUCCUGUAACAACUCCGCCUAAUUACAAUCAUACAGAACACUCUGAAGUUUCUGUUUCACAAGGAAACUCAUCUGAGGUGCCAAUCAUCAGUCAGACAGUAGCGAGCGUUGAGCAUUCCACCACCUUAGUGAAUGCAGCAAGGAAUAAGAGGUCUGUGAUCACAUCGGACCGCAUUGAGGACCAACAGAAGGGCAGUUUGGGAUUUCUCGCGAGCCUUAAGGAGAUGGACAUUCAGAACCAGCUCUUCUACUUGACGCUCAUCAUCGUGUUGGUGUGGGAGUUUGCGUCGGCUCCUCUCGAGUGGACAGCUGACGACGGGCUUUACGAGUAUCUGGACUAUGCGGACGCCUCAGACCGCCAUAGCAGCGCCGAUGUAUGGGGUCUGUUCGGGGCGGUAUGCGGGGUCGGGGGAGCCGGGCUUGUGGUCGCCCAGCUCAGUUGUCAUGUAGCAGCCACUCACGCUUCCAGAAGCGCAGUGCAUUUUUAUUCCUACGCGGGCCUGGCGGUUCUAGCCCUGCCCGUAGGCAUCUACCUCCCUCUGUACCUGAACAGAAAGCGAGACAGGGCCAAUGGGCUCCUUAAGGGUGUGCAGCUGGUUCACGGCUCCCCCCACGCUCUACUCUGCGCCUUCACCAUCGUCCUGGUCGGGGUGGUGAAUUCGGCUGUGGAGAACUUCCUGCUUUGGCAGAUGGAGGAUCACGGGAGCACUGAGCUGCACAUGGGACUAUGCCUCGCUCUUUCUUUGCUCUCACAGGCAGUCUUCCCCCUCCUGGCUGGCAGAGUAUCCAAACUCCUAAGCCCAGGGAGGGUUCUCGUCGUUGGGGCCGCCAGUCUCGGGUUGCAGUGCUUCUACUACUCCUUCCUCUGGGGACCCUGGGCGGCCUUUCCUGCACAGGUGCUGGGUACCUUGAGCAGCGGCGGCGUCUGGUGGGCUGUGAGGAUCCAAUGCGAGGACGUCGCAACACCAGGGGCCGAAAGAAGCGUCAGGAGGGUCUACGGUUCCCUGUGUCUGCACCUUGGGAGUGGACUCGGGAGUUUUGCCGGCGGGUUUGUGGCACAGAGACUUGGGGUGACAUGGUUGUUCAGAGGGGUUUCCAUAGGAAUUAUGGCGUGGUGUGCGUGUCUUCCUCUUCUGCAGUGGAAAGCCCCACGCCAGCGCAGGAUUAACUACUCGCGCCUUUUGGCAGCCGACGCAAGCGAGGCCAGUGACUCCGAAUCUGAGCCAGAGAGAGACUGGCUGGAUAAGGCCAUGGAGGACGACCGAGGCAAUAACAACUACGAAAGGCGAAUCAGACACUAAAACUGACAGAGGUCAGGUGGUAAGAGAUCAGAAUUGGCUCUGAUCAGUAAUGAGCUGGUAAAACACACCUGAGCUAAAAAUGUCCAUCAUUUUCGAUGUUGCACCAACAACAACACUUCCUUUAAUUGCCUUUUUGAGUUUCUUCAAGUCGUUCGGGAUAUGUCUGUACCAUCUUUCUACAUCUGCAGACUGAGACUUUUGCUCAUUCUUCUUUGAAUAAAGCCUCAAAGUCUGUCAGAUUGGAAGGAGAGCAUCUGUGAAAAUCAUAUUUUAAGUUGAAUUUACAGAUUCUCAAUUGGAUUAAGGUCUUCACAUUGACUGGGCCAAUCCGACACAUGAACAUGCAUUAGUUGUAGGGUUGUUACUGCUAAAAGUUGAGGAUCUUUUGCAAAAAAAAAAAUUCUUGGUACUGCUCCAUCCCUGCGGUAGAAAAUCAUCCCCAUACGCGGCUAACACUAAGUUUUGUGGUGGUAAUGAUGUGUUCAGGUUCAUUGUGUCCAGUAAGGCAUAUUUUAACUUUAAUAAUUAGGGGCAUGUGCUUAUAAGGCAGCAACUACUUCCUUUUUGAAAUAUGUGCGACACAUAUUUUCUUGACUGUUUUUAUUAUCGUUACAAAAAAUAAAAUGGUUCAAAUUUAGAAUCAGAGAUCAAAUGUUAGUGAGCAACAGCCUAGAAAAGCCCAGUUGGUGCGACUAUAAUCAAACUUGUCCAAAAUAUAUUAUUAGAAGACAGUUUACGUCGGCAUUGGAAUUGAUAUAUUUCCCCAUCAGAUUUGCAACAUUGCCUGACUUGUCAGCCCUUAUUACCACACGCCAGGUGACGAUACUUGAUUUUCUCCCCUGACAGGUUCCAUCACCAUCCAGAAUUGCAUUGCAAUUUAAUUUUAGCAAAACAUUCCAGCAUCCUGCAGCACUUCAAGCUGUACCGAACGAUUCUGCUAUUCUUCUCCGAGCCUCGUAAGAGUUUACAUGUACAUAUUUGCAACGGUAAGGGUUGCAUAGGCUUAGUUGUGUUUUGAAAACAAAGCAAGGACCAAAGGUUCAACCUCAGUAUGCAAGCUCAACAGCUUAGACCUCAUGAGAGCAGAAACACGGCAGCCUCCUAGUGCAGAGUAAACUCAAAGCGUGUGCAGAGGGCCAGGCCAAACUGGACUGGCAUCCUGUUACAACCCCACCCUGAGCUCUUCAUCCUCCUCCACCUCUGACUGCUGCAGCCAUCUUUUCUGUCCCUCACACUUGACACUAAACUGAAAAUGUAGGAUUAAACGGACGGAGAUGGGCUCGUUCUUUGACUGUAUGUAUUUAACUUUAACUUAAGCACUAUUUGAAUGAUUGCUUCUGGGUCUCUGUGGAGGACAAUGCUGUCAAAGCUGUUUUUCAACAUGAGUUUGUGCGAGAGCUGGAGGCUUUAUUUUGAUCUGUUAAUGUUAACAGGCGCGAACUUGAAGCCUGUCAGCAAGUGUUGGGAUCUCUGUGAAGUCUAGCGUUCCACCUCUUUCAAUGCUGAUCAAUGUGCAAAGGCAGCUGUUGCGCAGUGGAAAUUGACAUUUCUGUUUAUGCAUUGAUGUCAAAUGAAUAUGUCUUAUACUGUAUUGACAGUCUAAUAAAUAUAUUUGAACAUAAA